UCCCCGUUCGCAGCAGAUCUUCGUCACCACAAUCGCAGUCGCCGUAAACUCCAAAUCACUCUGAUGUUUCCAUCACAAACCCUAACUCCUAGCUCCGGCUUCUCGUCUUUCAUAGUACCGCCAGUCUUUCUAAAUCCUCCACUCCGAUCUCAGAUCAUAUCUGUAUUUCGCUUAUAGUCGUCUCAUUCGAAUCAUUUCUCGAUCUGUGAGAAAAUAAGAGGUUGAUUCAGUUUUUUUUAAUAAUGUCGAACCAGCAUGGAGAUUAUAAUAAAAAGAUUGACUAUGUAUUCAAAGUGGUGUUAAUUGGGGACUCAGCCGUGGGGAAAUCUCAGCUGUUGGCUCGUUUCUCUAGAAAUGAGUUCAGUGCGGAUUCUAAGGCCACCAUUGGUGUAGAAUUCCAAACAAAAACUCUCUUUAUCGAUCAGAAAACCGUUAAGGCACAGAUUUGGGACACUGCUGGACAAGAAAGAUACCGAGCAGUAACAAGCGCAUACUAUCGAGGAGCAGUUGGAGCGAUGUUAGUCUACGACAUGACAAAGCGCCAAUCAUUUGACCACAUGGCAAGGUGGCUUGAGGAACUAAGAGGACACGCGGAUAAAAACAUGGUGGUGAUGCUCGUAGGCAAUAAGUCUGACCUGGGAAGUCUUCGGGCAGUGCCAAUUGAAGAUGCUCAGGAAUUUGCUGAAAGGGAAAACUUGUGCUUCAUGGAGACAUCCGCCCUCGAAUCAACCAAUGUGGAAACCGCCUUUCUGACUGUCUUGACAGAAAUUUACAGGAUUAUGGCAAAGAAGAGUUUAGCUGCAGAUGGCUCGAGCUCGGGAAAGUCAAUGUCUUUUAAGGGAACUGCGAUCAUAGUUCCUGGUCAGGAUUCCGAUGGAGAAAAGAAGAGUGGCUGUUGCUGA